CUCUCAUUUAUUAUCUUUGUCCUUUCUAUUCAUUCCAUCUUCAUCACACUAUAUUCUCUUAGCUCUCAUCUCUCUAGCUCAGCCUUAUUACUUCCCAUUAUCACAUUGAAAUUCCCAAAAUUUGAUGCAAAUUAGGGUUUCACCAUCUCAGUUUGGGUUCUUUUUAGCUGUCGAAGAAGGAAAAGAUAGAUUCUUGGGACAUCAAGGGUAAACAGUUUUUUACUUCUUCUGCAUUAAUAAGAAAAAGAGAAAAAGAAAACAACAGUAAAGCCUCAUCACAGGACACCAAAAUUGAUGAGGGUUAUAUUUAGAAACACAAAUUAGCAAUCGAUGGCUUCUUCAAGCUCGUACAACCCGCCCUGCGCGGCGUGCAAAUUCCUACGGCGGAAGUGCAUUGCGGGAUGCAUCUUCUCGGCGUACUUCCCGGCGGAGGAGCCGCAGAAGUUCGCCAACGUGCACAAGAUCUUCGGGGCGAGCAACGUGGGGAAGCUGCUGAAGGAGCUGCUGCCCCACCAGCGAGAGGACGCGGUCAACUCCCUGGCCUACGAGGCGGAGGCCCGCGUCCGAGACCCCGUCUACGGCUGCAUCGGUGCCAUCUCGUUCCUCCAGAGCCAGGCCGAUCGCCUCCAGAAGGAGCUCGACGACGCCAAUGCAGACCUCUUUAGGUUCAAUGAUAUUUAUACUAGUAAUUGAUGUAGCUAGGGUUUGUUUGUUUGUUUGAAUAAUUGUGGUAUUUAUGAAUUAUGAAUAUUGGUCUUGAUCAUGGACUUAAUUACUGUGUACGUCCAUGUGAAUGUUGUUUGUUUAAUGUGGAUUUGAGAGGUCAUAUUUUGUAAACUGUGUAUAUAAUAUAUUCUCGACCUACAAAUGAUCUGCUUGUACUAUGAUUGUAAAUGUUACAAAAUACAAUUAUUUUUUUUGUAUACAUCUAUAAGUGUAUAGCAGCACCACUUG